AAACUUGGAAACGUACGCUUUAUACCUAGGACAUACCGACAGGAAAUUAUCAGUAAUUUAGCAAGUGACAAAAAGUGAGAAAUAUACCUUUUGAAAGGAAAAGGAAAGAAAGGAAGGGAGUUAGAGAAAGAGAGUGGGAAAUAAGGACACGCCUAUUUUGGAAUCGCGUACACGAAAUCAAAACCAACCCACGAAAAGAAUGAUGCAUUAAAAUCAUUUGGACAGAACUUUAAAACAAUGUGGCAUAUACUGUGGAUACCAGUCCUAGUACCAACUAUGAUAAUAAGAUCUAACUGCGACAAUAACAGAACACAUUCCGAUGUAUACGUUCAAUAUUCCGGCCACGCCGAAGCAGAUGAAGCCGAUCUACCAGAAACAAUACCAUAUACAACGAAAAAAACAACUACAACUACAGCACCCACAACGAAACCCACAACUACAGCUAAAACAAUCGUUUUAACGGUUACAACUCCUAACAUAACAGUUAAAACAUCAGUUGAAACUACAGCUCCGACAACGGAAACUACAACUACAACGACAACCAUAAGACCAGUUACAACAACUACAGUUAAAAUGAGCGAGGAACAGACAGAUGCUGUUAUCUUUUUACCUGAUGUCAGGACUGGGAGACGAGAUGACGGAUAUAUAGAUGGUAUACACAUCAAAGAUUUACAAAUGAAGCCACUGCUCGAAGUAAUGAACAAUAAGUUUCAUGAGGAAAAGUUGGUAGAUGAUCAUAAAGAUGGUAUAGUGUUUGUAGCUGGCAAAAACGGUGAAAUCGACACAGACAAGAAACAAGAUACAAACGCAAACUAUAAUUCUAAUCAGGCGUAUUGCCAAAAUAUGUACACGGGUGGUCUAUGGGUCAACCAUACCAAAAAAUCGCUAGAUGUCCUGCGCGUCCAGUACAAUAACGCUUUCAGGAUGUUGUUGAGAUUGCCCCCCUAUUGCAGUGCUUCGGAGAUGUUCGCGAAAGCUCGUACUGACGGAUUUCACGCAAUACUGCGGAAAAAAACAGCGUCACUAUUAAGAAGGUUGAGAGAUAGUCAAAACAGCAUCCUGAGCACCGUAGCUGAGAGUUGA